ACAGAAUAGAUCUGUUGAAAAAUGUCUAAGAAAAGAGGAUUGAGUGCUGAUGAGAAGAAGACUAGGAUGUUGGAAAUAUUCCAUAAGAGUAAAGACUUCUUUCAGUUGAAGGAAUUAGAAAAAAUAGCCCCAAAAGAGAAAGGUAUAACAAUGCAAUCUGUCAAGGAGGUGGUGCAAAAUUUAGUUGAUGACCACCUUGUCGAUUCAGAGAAAAUAGGCACAUCCAUCUACUUUUGGUCUUUUCCAAGUAAAGCAAAAAAUACUCAGAAAAGGAAACUUCAAGGGCUACAAAGUGAACUUGAUGAAACAAUAAAAAAAUUGAAAAAAAUAGAAGAUACUAUUGUUACAGAAUCAAUUGGACGUGAGCAAAGUGAUGAAAGAACUGAACUUCUAGAAACAUUGGAGCAACUUAAGAAAAAAGAAAAUGUGCUUUCAAAGGAAGUGCAGAAAUAUAGAGACUGUGACCCUGAGUACAUAGCUCAGGUGAAAACGGAGAUUGAAGACUUGAAAUCAGCAACAAAUAGAUGGACAGAAAACAUCUACAUAAUGAAGUCAUAUAUUAAAAACACUUUUCAAAUGGAGAAUGAAACCAUUGAUCAAAGCUUCAAUAUACCUGCAGAUAUGGAUUAUCUAGAAAACUAA